AAUGUCAAAGUAGAGGUGGAAAGUAUUUAAAAGUCGAUGCUGUUAUCGUCACGCGUUUAAAAGUCUCAUCGAAGUCGUGAGGCGCAGAAUUUUAAUCAAGUAUUCGAGAACAACUCAUAAAAUGAACCCAAGUUUAGUCAGGAUCGUGAUGCUGAUGCUGCUAAUUGCUAGCACGUUUGCUCAGUUUCAUAGAAGCGGCAAUUGUCCACUGAGAAAUACCGUGACAAACUGUACCCCGAGAUGUAUGAAUGAUGAGCAAUGUCCCUUCAAUCAAAAAUGCUGUCCGAAUAAAUGCAGUUCCACGUCAUGCGCCCAAUCGAGUGCCAUAAACACUGGCAGCGAUGGCGGAUACAAGGGUUCGAGCAAUCAAGCUGUUUAUUGCAAUGGAGUGAAGUGCGCCGCGUAUGAAAAAUGCCAAUACGACCGCAGCGCCAGGCGUGAAAAAUGCACGCGCGCUUAACACAUACACAUACACAGCGUAUAAUAAAGUAUAGUAUAGUAUAUGGUACAUCUCAUAUAUAUCAAGUUAUGAUCCAUCGCUAUCUCUCUCUAUAUAUCUGCGAUUUUAAUUCGUAAUCAAGUUUCUUGAUAAUUGUCACUAAAGUUAAAUGCUGAAUCUGAAAAAAGAUUAUAAAAGAUUAUAAAAGAUUAUAAAAAGAUUAUAAAUGCAAAAGACAUUUAAUAACAAUAUAAUUCGUGCGCAAGAAGUGAAAAUUAAGCCCCGACCUCUGAUAAAAAAAAUAAUCUUUUGAUUUCGUGACUUACUUUGUCAAUCUUUGAUAGAUAAGACGUUUAUACUUAUACAAAAAUGUUGGGAAAUGGACGCAAGAAGAAUCAAAAGUCACGUAUAUCGAUAUUUCAUACAGCGAACACAUUUUGCUUACCGCAUUCAAUUUAUAUUUUUGACAAUGCAUAUAUGUUUAAAUCAAUUUUUGAUAUAUAUAAAUAUCUAGAUAUUUCAGUACAUACCUGUAUUUGUGCGUCGAUAUAACAAUAAAACUGCGUAAGAUGUUAA